UGCAGAUGGAGAAAUGCGGAAGUGGAUGAAAUGGCAUCUCUGCGGGACGUGAGAGUGGAGGAAACAUUACGAGUUAAAAUCGGUGAAGCCAAGAACCUGUCCACGUCGUCGGUGUCGGGGAGCGGUCGCACCACGGUCUGCACAAUACGGAUAGACUCGGAGGAGAUAUACAGGACAGCCCCCGUCGAGAAAACACCCAACCCAUUCUAUGGAGCAGAGUUUCAAGGAGAUAUUCCCAUCAAGUUUCGUUUCCUCUCUUUCUAUGUGUGUGACUCUGGUGCUAAAACAGAGAAGGUUCUUGGCAAGGUGACCCUGAAGAAAGAAGAGCUGUACAAGUUCUACAACAAGGACCACUGGUUCUCUCUCACACCUGCAGAUCUAGAUGUCGCCGUCAAGGGCAAGAUCAACAUUGAGAUCAGAUUCGAUGAAUACCUCAGUACAGAGCCCGAGUCCAGUCCCACUCACAGGAUGGCUGUCAGAGUGGUCGAGUGCAGUAACUUGACCAUCAUCAACGGCGCCUGCAACCCGUACGUAGUCGUCACUCUCAAUCCCAAGUCCCGUCACAAGGACAUCAGGAGGACGGCCGUCAAGAAGAAAACAAUCUGCCCACAUUUUGAUGAAACUUUCUUUUUUGAUCUGGAAAACAAGGGGCAGAACCACGACAGGAAACUGUACUGUUUUGAAGAUGCCUUCAGUGGAGAUCUGAGUAUAUCUGUGUGGCAUGAUGACUCCCUUGUGUCCCGAGAGGUCCUUGGCAACAUAUUUCGUGGAUCCUUCCUGGGAGAGGUGAAGAUUCCGCUCCACGGUCUGGACAACAACUUCCCCCACAGUGCCUGGUACAGUCUACAGGCCAGGGAGAGUUUACGCCAGACCCCUGCUAACCUCGGCUCACUCCGUCUCAACAUCUCCUACACUGCCGACUACGUGUUUCUGUCUCACUACUACAACGAUCUCCGAUCUCUUCUUCUCCACUCUAUAGACCUCCAGCCAAUCUCCUGCACGUCUGUAUACCUACUUGGUGAGGUGGUCGAACACCUCCAGGACGCAGCACAACCUCUAGUCAGACUGUUCCUGAAGCAUGGAAAAAUAGUCCCCCUAGUCUCCGCUCUUGCCAAAUGGGAAAUAGAAAAGACAACUGAUGCCAAUACAUUCUUCCGUGGGAACACGCUAGUGACCAAACUGGUCGAUGAGCUGAUGAAGCUGGUGGGCCUGCCAUACCUCCAUGACACCCUCAAGACCAUCAUUGACCAGAUAUUUGAGGAGAGGAAGCUGUGUGAGGUGGACCCAGCCAGGAUGAAGGAAGGGGCGUCACUGGAGGAAAACUUGGGUAACCUGAAGGGCUACGUGGUGUCCAUUGUCGAGGCCAUCACUGGGUCAGCGCUGGUGUGUCCCACUAUCAUGAGGGAGGUGUUCCACUCCGUGAAGGAGGCCGCAAUGACGCACUAUGAUGGAAGUCCGACCAUCAAGUACAGGGUGGUCAGCAGCUUUGUCUUCCUCCGAUUCUUCGCGCCUGCCAUUCUGGGACCCAAGCUGUUUGACCUACGGUCAGACACCGCGGACAUGCUGGUACAUCGAACCCUCACAUUGGUGUCCAAGGUCAUCCAAGGUCUAGUCAACCUCAUCAGCUCAAACUCAGUGCCUUUCAACCUGAAGGAGGAGUACAUGGUGCCCGUGUUCGACUGUCUGUCCGAGGACACACACAUGGAUGCUGUCAGGAUGUUCCUGGACAUCGUCUCCUCUAGGACCGGGGCCUAUUCAAGGAACAUAGAAGCUCCAAUAGCACUCAAGGAAGGGGUUAUGAUGAUUUUGAUUGACACCGAGAAGCCACUGUGUAGUAUUCCAAUAGAAGAUAUACUAGCUGUGGAACGACUUCAAGAGAAUUCCUUCAAAAUGAACUAUAUGUUCCAAGUGGUCCAGCCGUCCAGGGCUCUCUACAUCCAGGCCAACAACUGUGUGGAAGAGAAGGAGUGGCUGGAUAUCCUCACCAAGGUGUGCAACACCAACAAGAACCGGCUGAACGUGUACCACCCUGCUGCCUUCAUCAACGGACAUUGGCUGUGCUGUAAGGAGGCCGACCUGACUGCCCGGGGGUGCUGCCCAGUGUCCGGGGGACUGCCCGUCACAGACAUCCAGCUGGACAUCGACUCAGACAGGGAGGUGGAGAAGAUACACUCCCUCUUCCUUGGCCACAUGGACAAACUGGACUCUGUGCUAGAUAGCAUGCAGGAUGACGACCCGGAGCAGUGCGGCUGUCAGGAGGUGUACUCAGGGAAUGAUGAGCCGCGUCCGCGCCUGGUGAUCGAGGACACGAAGCAGUGCUACCAGACGGUCACCGAGAUCCAGAAAUGUGUCAUCAACCUGGAGCAGGAACACAAACAGCAUCGCAAGAUGCUGCAGAAACACGCAGUGCCUGGAUCCAUUGACAUGCCCAUUGGAGAUGAGAGUGCCAUUCUCUCGGGGACCAGGUUGUAGUCUUACAGAUUCAUCGGUGGAGGAUGAGUCACUGUUAGUACUGGACCAGAAGGGUACAAUACACGCCCACCAGGAGUCGUCACAACUGACCACAGUGGUCCAUUCUUUCUCCUGCUCCUGGUUGGCUGUUGAAUAACCCAUUGACAGGACGUCUCAUGUCUGACUUAACGACAUGAUGUGAACUCAUGUUGCAGGUUAAGGCAUGUGUGUUCUUGUGUCACAGUUGAGAGAAUGAUGAGCGAUUCAGUGUUAGAGUUAACCGCAAGAUGAUAUCUCGUGUAAUAGUUGAUGGUAUGAUGUGCGAUCUUGUGUCACAUUUGAAGGUAAGACGUGCCAUAUUUAGUCGCAGUUAACAUUGAGACUUGUGUCACAGUCGACAGCAUGACGUGGCCUUGUGUCACAGUUAAAGAUGACGUGUGAUCUCAAGUCACAGAUAAAAUAAGUGCAAUUAUCAUGUUCAAGUUUGGGCAGUGAAUUACUGAUGAUAUCCACACCCUUGGCGGGGUUCUAGUGACAGUUUGUGGUGUACAAUAUCAAGAAACACUUUGUGGCUUUUGCAAGUGUAAUAUUUUCUAUAUACCCAGGUGUGACUGACACGGUCCACGUGCUGAGUUGAAGUAGUGCUAUUUUCAUUAUUCAUAAUAAUCUUUUUUUCCAUUAUAUAGAGACAGUUGCUCAAAGAGUCAGUGCUUGUAGUUUACUUUGUUUUGUUUGAUGACACCUGCAGUUGAUGCAGAAUUAUGAGCAUCAUCUUGUUUUCUGCAUCUUUACCAGUACAAAACAUUUUGUCUGUAGUACUUGUUAUAUCUUCAGCAUUAUUGCCCCAGGAAACACAGAGUAUACUGACUCAGGGAAGUGGUCAGGUGAACUAUACUGUUUAUCACGCAUCUUAACAAAGGGAGGUAAUUGCAGCAUCCAAAGGGAGGUAAUUGCAGUAUGCAAAGGGAGGUAAUUGCAGUAUGCAAAGGGAGGUAAUUGGAGGAUGAUAUUUUUCCUAAUAAUCAGAUUUCUCUCUAAGGGAAUAUGAUUAACGCUUGUGAUGUUUUACACUCGUGUUGCUAGAUGCGUGAUAGGUUUAUGUUGACAAGUACACUUGAUUGAUGGUUCACAGGGUUUGACAAACGUCCAGCAAAAGAAUACAAUGGAUGAUGUCAGGGUAAUGAUAUCCUUAUCACUUACUAGUGAUGGUCAGUGUGUAUACACAGUUUAUUAUAUUUGUAGUUAUAUUCACAAGCAGGAACUAUUAACAUUGAUUUGAAUGUGCCAUAAUAAAUUGAAAAAUAUGUUUAGAUCACUGUCAUAAACGUUAUCAUGUCCUAGGUUUUAUAUUUCUAGCACUGUUUACUGAUGUGGAAGAAGACCUUUUAAAAACGUGAGAAAUUAAUAUGGAAUACACACUGUGUGCCUUUGUAGAAAUCGAUAACCUGUACUGUGAUGUACAGAGCCUGGCUAUAGUCAGUAUGACAGAUGUUUUCUGUGUCAAAUAUAUAUUUCUAAAGACCAAAACAGCAUAAUAAAGAAAUACAAAUAUGUUUGUACAGGGCUCAUGAUUAUCACAUUCAGAUAUUUUGCUAUAAAUCAUAUAUAUAUAUUUAUAUAUUUUUCCACCAUGAUCAUAUUGACUUAUUGAAUAUGUUUUUGCCACCCACUAUAACACAUAUGAUAAGGAUCGAUACAAAUAUUUGUCUUUAAACAUUUCCUGAUGUUGUUUGUAAUAUGCUGAGUUCUCUGUGAGAAAUGUAUUUUUCAAAGAAAGACAUAGUAUAUAUAUUUCUAUAUUUUGGGCAGUUUUAUGUCUGCCGAGUGCGGAGGCUGGAUGAUGUCAGUGAAUGAUAUCUACUUGAUAUCGACUUGACAUGAUCUACAACUAUAUAAGAGGAAGUUUCACGCCAAAAUGCCAAAUAUAUUUUGAAUAGUGUGACUAUUUUCAGGAACUGUUCCAGUUCUAAAAUUGUGUGUUUGUGUUAAUGUUUGUGAGCAUGAUCUGGGGAUCAGAGUGCUCAAUGAGAAUUACCAGGGUUGAAAUUAACACUACUCUAGUCCAAGACUGGGACAAUUUAGGAAUUACUACUGACAGUUUCUUUAAGACGACCGCUUUUACUGUAUGGUAGAUUGUAACUCAGGCAGAUAAUUUUUGGGGACAAAUAACAGUAAACAAUUGUUUCCAACCCUCCUGACAACAAUUAGUUAUACCUGUCUCCCUUGACAUCACCUUCAGAAGAUUAAUGAUAGAUUUCAUGGUUGGACCAGAUUGUGUGUCGCCUGUCAGACAGAUUUCAUGGUUGGACCAGAUUGUGUGUCGUCUGUCAGAAAGAUUUCAUGGUUGGACCUGAUUGUGUGUUGUCUGUCAGACAGAUUUCAUGGUUGGACCAGAUUGUGUGUUGUCUGUCAGACAGAUUUCAUGUUUGGACCAGAUUGUGUGUUGUCUGUCAGACAGAUUUCAUGUUUGGACCAGAUUGUGUGUCGUCUGUCAGACAGAUUUCAUGUUUGGACCAGAUUGUGUGUUGUCUGUCAGACAGAUUUCAUGGUUGGACCAGAUUGUGUGUCAUCUGUCAGACAGAUUUCAUGGUUGUCAGACAGAUUUCAUGUUUGGACCAGAUUGUGUGUCGUCUGUCAGACAGAUUUCAUGGUUUGACCAGAUUGUGUGUCGUCUGUCAGACAGAUUUCCUGGUUGGACCAGAUUGUGUGUUGUCUGUCAGACAGAUUUCAUGGUUGGACCAGAUUGUGUGUCGUCUGUCAGACAGAUUUCAUGGUUGGACCAGAUUGUGUGUCUGUCUGUCAGACAGAUUUCAUGGUUGGACCAGAUUGUGUGUUGUCUGUCAGACAGAUUUCAUGGUUGGACCAGAUUGUGUGUUGUCUGUCAGACAGAUUUCAUGGUUGGACCAGAUUGUGUGUUGUCUGUCAGACAGAUUUCAUGUUUGGACCAGAAUGUGUGUUGUCUGUCAGACAGACUUGUAACAUGUCAUGGCGCAUGAAUGAAUCUGUCCACACCACUUUGAGUCAGUUGAGAAGGUGGAUUUAAUGUUCCGAUUCCUGUAAGCAACUUGUCACCCAGAAAUAUGUCAACAUUGAUAGGAUGGCUGUUUUCACCCUGGACAUUUUCAGUCUCAGGAUGGUGUGGUUUUGCUCUAUAUACUGCUCAACAUUUGUAAGGAUUGGUGAGAAAAACUAAUUUAACUUGUUUAUAAGAGGAACUUUAUCAUCUGAAGAAAUGUGACUGCAAUGAGUUUCUGUGGUAGGUUGGUAUGAGAGAUCAGUUGUUUGAAGUGCCACACUUCAUGUGUAGAGUUGUGUCCAUGGCCAUACCAGAUUUGCUCUGAGAUUCUUAUUGGUAAAAUAUACAUGGGGUCAUCUCAUAUUAAUGACUUAUAUUAGACAUAUUUAAGUAAUACUUUUCUUUCAACUUUGUGAUUAGGAAAACGUUGAAGUAACCUUUCAUGAAGUGAGGAACUUUCAUCAUGGUCAGAGAGGCUUCAGAAGGAAAACUUUUCCUUUGUCAAAAAUGACAAAAUCCUUAUGUGUUCAGUUUGUGUUUUGAUCUAUCGACAAUCUUUUUGUUAUAUUGACAUUUCAUUCAUCAAUCAAUUAUUUCAUUCUGUGAGCAGAAGUUCAGCUCUUUUUUUUGGUUUUUGAAUAUGUUCAUAAUUCUCAAUUUGUCUGUGGGUUUUCUUGUCAUUUAUCCAGUAAAAAUGAAAGUUUUGUUCCGAGUCAAUGUGUUUCCAGUCAGAACAGUAUCUGCUAGUCAUAGAUGUUGUGUUCGAUAUUACCAAAGUAAACUGAUUGUUGAAUCUCAGAGUCUCUUGAACAAUGAAGCCACUGUAGCUGGUAGUUGAGUAGUCUAGUGUUUUAUCUGAUAUCCAAAUGGCAUAUUUUUUUGUGAUUUCACACAGCAUUACAAAAUACAAAACUAUGUCCCUUGAUAUUUCUGCGUGUGUCUCUGCAGGCCGCCCACGCUAAAGCAGUGCAGCCUAGCGCAUCAGUGUCGGCAAAGUAUGUGUAGUUCACUAGUAACAGUUUAACAUUGCACAGCAUGGAGACAUCGAUGUUUUGCAAUAACUCAAGAAGGAUUCUUACUACUCAGGCCACACAUGUUGUAACUUUGUGUAGAAAUUUGACAGAUUUUGAAAUGUGAAAAAAUAUGGCCAAAGAGCAGUGUUUCUGUUUUUCAUGGACAACAGAAACUCAUUUACUGUCACUAUCAAUACAAAUAAACUGUUAAAAUAUCGGCUUAAAAUAUAAAACAUGUUUAAAAUUUAUCUUAUAAAUGUAAAAUAUAUGAAUUUGAUUUUUUUUAUUUUCAUAUUUUUGAUUUUCUGGAGCCAAUGAAAAACAUGACUAACCAUAAUAAUAAUUCAGGCCAGGAUCCUGACGGACGUUUCGGUAACCUCUGCCUCAGACAUUAAUGUAUUAAUGCUUUCUACUCUUUCUAUGGAUGGUUCUGCUGUGAUGACUGACAAGGAUUCAAUGAACAUACAACAGAAAUAUUCAUUUUGAAACUGUUAUAUCUUCACAACGUAUUUUGGAACAUUGUUUCUGAACUUGCUGCCAGACUGUGUUGAAGAAAACCGAUGGUACACGCUAUUCUGACAUUGCUUCAGUCGUUGGCGGCCGUCAGAGGGACGCAGUUGUAUCAUAUAAUUAUGCUCAAUUCAUGUUAUAUUUGUUCACUGUAGAAAUGGUUGAGAUAAAAAUAUUUCAGGUUUCUUUUGCAACAAUUUUUUAAAAAGUUAUUUUGAUUCAUUUUAGAAGUAUCACUGCUUUUUUGAUAAUUCAAUGUUUUUAUCUUUAUUCUUCUUAAUACUGUUUCUCCUUAUGCCUUAUGUAAAUGUUGAAACUUACAAGCUAACUAAUGUCUCUGUGUCAGAAUGUUAUUUUUAUGUCAUAAAGCAAGAAACACCUUUAUGUGACCUCAUGUCUUUAAAGAUUUUUGUCAGUUACAAGGAUUACAAUGCUUUGCUGAAAUUUUGUUUUUGUUUAGUAGAUCCUACUGUUUUCCUUCUCAUAAAUAUGGUCCAGUCUUGACCAAACCGGUAGAAGAAUUGAGAUACAGAUUUCUUUAACAGAGAGGAACUACAUAGCAGUCCCAGUUUAUUAGAGAUACUAUAUUGUCUCACUGCUUGAACAUGUUUAACAGGGUAGGCCUAGACGUAUGUUGUGGUUAUUGUUGUGUUCUGUCUUAGGAAAACACUCUUUGGCUUGAGGAAAUGUUACAGAAAUUUAAUUUCUGUGCUGUUUUUCAUUUUCAACAUAUAAAGCGAGAUGUUGAUUAUAGUUCUUAAAAUACAUAUUGUAAAGAAUUAACUAAAUAAAACCUCGGCCAUUGUCCAGUAUCUCUAUCCUACCUCACGACAGUGACUGAUGAAAUAUACCCAACUAUUCACUUACACUAUUCAACAUUUAACAUGGUAACAGGGAAGUGUAACAUAAUCUUGACCAAUUUAUUGGAACCAAAAUGACCAAAAUGCUCAUGAAAAAAUGGGCACCAGCUGCUUUGCGCUAAGCAAUAUUCAGAAAAAUAUUGUAAAUUUGUUGUGACCAUGUUUUAUGGUCACCUUUUAAAUGUUUGCCCUUCUCCACAUUUAGCUCCUUUUCUGUCUGCUAGAUCACCAUUCAUUCAGUCAUAGCAAAGGACAUUGAUAAAUAAGAAAUAGAAAGUGUUUGGAAUUGUCUUACUGAGUGUCUCACUUGAUGAGCUUAACAUUUACAAUGUAUGGAUCAUUUUUUCACUAAGGGAGGAGAAUGUGUUUUCCUUAGUUAUCAACUUUUUACUUAGCCUGCCUACCUUAGCAUCCACCUGUGAUAGCCUCAUCUAAUGACUACAUAAAUAAAGUGGUAGAGUAUGGAUAAAAACAUAUUAAUAUAUUUGGCAAAAUAGCAAGUGGCUAAUUAAGGCUAUAUCUAUAUUUUGUUGACAACUGGUUAAGAAGGUAUUUGUACAAAGUUAGGAUAUUUUGGGUUAUUGAUUUUAUGUAUUUUUCUUUCACACCUUCCACCACUUACACUGUGUAAUCCUUGUUUCUUGUAUAUGUGUCACCAGUUCACAGAAAGUACCAGCCCUGCAUGUGUCACGUUUUGUUGAAGUGAUGAGUUACAAUUCCUCCAUAUCAUAAUAUUCCAAUUUCUUUUUAUAUGUUAGACUUCUUGAUAUUAGUGUAAAUCAAAUACAAAUAUACCUCGCUUUGAUUCAAUUGUAUUUUGAUAUUGUUUUGUUAUGUAUGUUGUAUUGAUGAUUUGUCAUUGUUUAGUUUAUAGAGCAAACAGCAUUGUUAUAUUUGCACAAUGAUCCCUCCGAAGGUAGACCAAGGUAAUUCACUUUUUUCAUAUUCUAAUAUCAUAUUUCAUAGCAUAAAUUUAGCUUUAUAUUUUUUCACACAUGAGUGUUAGACGCUGGUCAUCAGCAAUAGAGUCCUAUUGUUUAUUUUUAGUAAUCAAUAGUUGAUAAAUAGAUAUUAUGCCUCAUUAGAACAUAUCCUUUUGUGAAACUUUGUUCAAUUGUGCACAGACGUAAUAUCAACACAAUUUUCUUACUUAUCAUUUGAAUGAGAAGAGACAUCAAGUAUACCAUUAUCUGAAAUCACAAGGACAUAAAAUGAUAUGUUUUUUUCCAAUUUAUUGCUUCAGGUUAUGCAGUGAGUGUCAUCUCAAUUCUUUUUGAGUUUUUAAACAACAACUGUUUCAGGGAUUGUUUCAGUUCAGUUGAUGAAGCUUUGUGAAGCGAAAGGACAAGAAAUCAUUUAAUGUUGAAAUUCGAAUUACACUUGCCAGUGAUGAUUUGAAAUUUAUUCAUUCUGGUGUUCUUGCAAGUAAUAAUAAACAAUUGAUUAUAUUAAACAUUUCCACACUUAAGAAUUCAAAAAAAUGUGGAUCAUUACUACAUGUCUGUAGUUCCCCAUAGUGCUUGAGGGACCAAAGCUGAUUCUGGCAUUGAGAUGGAUGUUCAUAUAAUAUGAUGAAUUUUGGAAGCAGUGAACUGAAGGCCGCGUCAAUCGGUGUGUAAUAGAACUCACCAGUAAGUGACAUCGUGACUUAAUAGAGAAAGGAAUGGCUGACUCUAGUCCAUAUUACCAUGCAUAAUAUCUUGUUUCAACGUUAAUAAAAAGUGGUAUGUGUCAUGUCCUUUCCAUCCCACCGCGGAUGUCAGCUUGUUGAGUUGGCGAUAUCCAUCAUAAUUCCUGGUGGUUAGUUACGCUUCCAGACAGAAGACAUGCUUGUCAAGGGCUUCAUAAGUUUUCAUUCAGCCAUUCCGUUAUUUGAGCCCGUCUUUGUAAUCCUGAAAAUAAUGCAUGCCAACCUUUUGUUUAGUGGGCCAUACAUGUUACAUAUACUGAUAUCGUAUUGAUCUUAAAACAUAUACAUAAUGAAUCAUUGAAGCAUGAUUCCAAAUACAAGCAAAUUGCUGUAGAGAAUAGAAGGAGAUAAGAGAGUAUGUCAGCCCAAUUCCUAAGACAAGUAUAUCGUAUUAACGCCCAAUACUUGAUUCAGCCUAUGUUCAUGCUGACAGCCCAUUAGCAGCAGGUUACCCACUGGGUCCUGUCAGCCCAUUAGCAGCAGGUUACCCACUGAUUCCUGUCAGCCCAUUAGCAGCAGGUUACCCACUGGGUCCUGUCAGCCCAUUCUCUCAUGCAAGGUGAUGUUACUUGGAGCAAAAGCUGGACACGUCUUCACUCAGACAAUGUCUACCACCGAUACAACAGAGCAUUACCCCAUUACAAGAAGUGCCAAAGCUGUCAUAAGCGAUUACUAAGUGUAUCUUUGUAUUUUAUGUUGUUAUGUUUCUAAAAGAAUUGUUUUUUCCUUCUUGAUCAGUACAGUAAAUGUGAGAUGAUAUUGUAGUUUUGUCUGUAAAUAAAAAUCCAGUAAGGAAA